GCUGCUCCUGGGCAGCCUCCAGGCCUGCUGAGCCUCCUUCUUGCCCCCAGCUCGCCUGCUGCCAAGAUGUCCUCACCGCGGACAGAGACUCCUGGGCCAGAACUGCAGAGCCCCAGGAAGGCUGAGGAGCUGCAGACUCCAGCUCACAGCUCCCGGCGAACAGGCAGCAGGAAAGAGCCCAGUGGCCACCGCGUCGAUGGCACAAGGCUGGGCCUGGGCACCCUGAAGCAGGCCUUCUCCCGGGCCAGCCAGCGGGUUUCGACCCAGGUCUCCAAGGAAGACGCGGGUCUGCUAAGGCGAAGCUCCUGCUCCCUGUUCCGGUCCCUCCGGCGAGCCCUGGACGAGGGCCCAGCUGCCGGCCAUUCCCAGGCCACUCCUGAGGUGCCCUCGGAGGUCACGAAUGCUGUCAGCCAGCAGGCAUCUCCUGGGGCAGCGUCUGAGGAACUGAAACCCGAGGCAGAAGGCAAAUCUGUGGCAGACCUCAUUACUGAACGGCAACUGCUGGCGGCCUUGGAACAGCUUCUGCACCUGGAGACGCGGCUGGUGGCGGAUAAAGCCUCGCGCACCUUUGAGCAGGACCCCACGGCCUUCGCGCGGCGCGCCAUGGACGUGUGCCUGCAUUACGACGGGCUGGCAGCUGAGAUCGGGGCCAUCGUGCGCGAGACGCUGGGCGCCGAUGGCGUGGACGCCGCCGCGCUGGCCGAGCUGGCCCGCGUGGUGCGCGCGGAGGAGGAGGCCCACCCCGCGCCCCCAGACGACGGCGACUUCCUGCGCACGCCGCGCCGCUGGCGCCAGCACUGGGAGGAAGCAGUGAGGCGGAGCGCUCAGGAGCGCGUGCGGCAGCCGGGCACGCGGGAGGCCGAGGGCGCGUCGGGCCUGGCCCAGCUUCUGGCCGAGCUGGGUGGCUUGGUUCGCCGCGACCUGCAGAAGGUGUGGCAGGAGGUGCAGCCCGCGUACUCGGCGGCCGGCUUCCCGGCCUGGGAGGUCUACCUUAGUGCCUUCCACGGCGCUGUGGCCCAGCGCCUCCAGGAGCUCGCGCGCGAUGCCCGCGGCUGCGAGCAGCUCUAUCUCCUGCUGGACUGGGCGGCCAACGUGUACGGCAGUCCUGACUUCCUGGGCGCCCCGGGCCUGGCGCUGCCCGCCGAGCCGCUGCCCCCGCUCCUGGCGCCCGACGUGUGGGCCCAACUGGAAAGUGACUACACUAGCUUCCUCGAGGCCAAGAUCGCAAGCUGCUUCGACCGUAUCUUGCAGCUGGAACAGAGUCGCUGGGCGGCGGCCGAGGGCCCCGAGGUGCUGCAGGGCCUCUACCGGGUGCCGCUGUCCAUGGACGUCCACAUGCUCGUGGCCGAGCACGUGAAGGCGGCCGGCGCCAUCUCCGCGGAGCUGGAGGCCACCACCCUGCGAAUCUGCACGCGGGCUCUCGGCCUCUUCGUGCCCAGGUUUGAAAAGGCUUUUCUGGCGUCGGAGGCGGUGAGCGACCCACACCUGGGCGCCUACAUCAAUGCCUGCGAGGAGCUCAGGACCAGUCUUCUCUCCAGGUUCCCAGGAACCCAAGAGGAGCUGGAGAAGCCCCUGGUGGCGGCCACCUGCAGCUUCCAGAAGCACCUGCUUUGGGGCCUGCAGUGUGACUUGCAGCCGCUCUUCAGGGCCGUGUGGACCAGGGGCUGGCUGGCAGGGGACUGGCUGCGACCCCUCAUGGACAAGGUGGUAGUCUUUGCUGGUCAUCUCCAGCAUGUGGCCCGGCCGCGGGCACAGGAGGCUCUGCAGGAGGUGCACCGGUUCGUGGUCCGAGAGUACCUGGCGCAGGCGCUGAGGCCGCGGGAGCGGUUCCGGGGCAUGGAGCGCAUGCGCGGCUCCCAGAAGAUGAGUCAGGAUGCCCAGGCCAUCGGUGACACCUUCCAGGGCCUGGGUUCCAAGGCCACGUGGCUGGACCAAGCCAUCCAGUGUGUGGCCGAGAUCCUGGGCGAGACUUAUAAAGAUGACAUCCAGCGGCACCUGGAGACUCUCAUCCGGAGCUACCCUGACAUCAGGCAGGACCACGUACUGGCCAUUCUGGCGCUGCGCCGCCUGGGCCGCCGGCGGAACCAGCAUCUCUUGCAGCACGCCCAAGACCUGCUGAGAGCUGCGGCCGGGGCUGCGGGUGCGGAGGCCCCCCGGGGCCGCGUGCUCUUCGAGGAGAUCAAGGUGCCCAGUGCCAUGGCGGUGCUGAUCACCUGCGUCUAGUGCUCUCCGGCCAGAGAGGGGGCGGCCGUCGGUGAGGAGCCGUGGUCCAUGGGGGUCAGCCAGAAGCCGAGGGAGUCACUCUCGGCCCUGCUCCCAACUCUGACACCACAGUUAGGGAAUUUUUGUCGUCAGCAGCUGAGCACAGCUGCCAGGCCAGAAGGAGCAGCCUGCCAGAGGGAUUUCAGGCAUCAGAGGGAGUGUUUUGUGUUGCAGAGCUCCCUUCAGUGAUGCCCAGCUUCACCCUCCGGUCUGAAAGUGAAGAGCAGAGAAUUUAUUUUAAAAAUAAAUGUGAAUUAAGA